UCUACGAUGCCGUUGGCUAUUUCGCGAGUGAUUAGGUCCCUAGGGGUUGCUGUUCUAGCAGACACAAUGGUUCAUCGUGGCUAUUACGUGGUAGCGAUAGUGGUUUCUUCCAGUCACUCGACCAUCAAUGAUCAGACUUGAUGCGGCACGAUGCUCGAUGUACGUUUUGGAAAGCUCGCGGCUAUGCGCGUGGACUGUCGCUCUGCACCCUGGCCUGGAAUGGGAGUUUAGCUGAAAGCGUGAGCUCGACCGGCGCCUCGACUGUUCACUGCAGACUAUCAGUCUCUUCUCGAGGCACUCGUUCGGGUGCGGUCUGUCGGCUGGAGAUGAAGCUAAACGCGAUGGUGCCUACUACGCCGUGGAAGUCGUGAUGUUGAGGUUCUUCUUUGCGUCCACUUUGGCUCUUCGGAAGAGUCCUGACUAGGCGACGGGAGGCUUGCCGGCAUGACAUGUUGAGCG